AUGGAAUCAUAUGCUGAAAUCCGUGAAAACAUUAUGCUUAAGUACGACAAGGGGUACUCAAAGCUGCUAGAUCCCCUUAGGACGACUUACUGAUACAACUCUGGCCAGCUGAAGUCCUACCUAAAUUACUCAAAGAUUCUGUGAGAUGAUCUCAUCUACAAAAUGGGCAAAGUUAAGUCCCAAGAGAGUGUGUACAAGUGCCAUUAUGAAUCCAAACUCAUCAAUGUCACACAAGUUUUAAUUAAGAUCAGUCGUAAAGUCCACUUUUUACUGUAUAAACUUUGUAAGGACCACUCCCAGCUUGAGAAAUUGCUUGAAGAAGAGAGUGAGGAUCAGAACUGUUUAAUAGAAGAGGUUGAGAGCAUCGACUCCAAAAUCAGUGAUGUCACCUUCAAAUGCUCCCAACGAUCCAAUCAAAAUUUACUCAAAAGAGAGCCACGUCAGCAACCAAAUUUAGAGUUUUCUCUAACGUCAUUGGACUUUAAAAUUGAAAAAUGCUUCUUGUCACCAAAGGCUUUUGGGGAGAUAGUAAAAAGUAUUGAUGGUGUAAGCAUACAUUCGACAUGCUUGGCCACGGAAGCUCUCAUUAAGAUCCUUGUGAAAAUGGAAGUAGCAAUCAACGGCAUCUUACAAUCGCCUAAUAAUUGAGACUUCUCAGAGUUAUUUUACAGGUCUGAGUAUCUGAGGUGUUAUGAAGAUACACUUCAUGAGAUUAUUCAAAGCCCUGAUGAUGAGAUAUACUACUUAGACAUUACUCAUAACUCAAACCUUUCAGGUCAGACACAAAUAAAAGAGCAAGUUACAAAAUUCCAAAACAUUUUAAAAAUCGUGUUGCCAGAGAAUCAGCAAAUGUAUAUGACAAGAUACAAAUAUUUCUGAUACUUUGUUGAACUAGCCUUUGCUAUCUCAAGUAAAGCCCUAUCAAGAAAUUCUUACUUCAUGAAGAUUGUAAAAACUCUUGUCCAUUCUCCUGUCUAUGUCUUCUCAAAGAGGCGGAUGAGGUCCCAAUAUAAGGCUUUCAUUACUUCAGGAGAUCUCGACUUAUUACUAAAGAUUGCAAAAUCCACAGGAAGCACCUUCUCCAGAUUCUGCUGUUACUUCAUAAACCCUUGGAUAAAGUUCCACAAAAAGAUUUACAUCCCAAAGAGCUACGACAGACUAGAUAUGAAAUCCCUAAACAAAUGCUUAGAUGACUUCCUCAUGACCGAGAGUUCCCCUGAGCUGAACAAACUCUCCAAAAAGCUCCAUCACUCACUUUCCUUCACACACAGAAAACCCAAACAGCUCACUCCCUACAAAGAAACUUUCACUUACAAAAAGAAACCAGAUUGCCUCUGCCUUCGCAUCGUGUCCCCAUUCCCAGUGUUCCUGAGCCAGAACCCUUCUAAAGGAAUUUCAAAAAUUACCGACUGCGAUGCAGUCUUAAUCCAUAUUCACGGAGGAGGAUUUGUAUGUCAAACAACUUCUCAGCAUCAGAUAUAUCUAAGACGGUGGUCUAAGCAGAAUAAUAUUCCUGUGCUAAUGUUGAGCUACACACUUGCUCCGGAGGCUAAGUAUCCUGAAUCUAUUGAUGAAUGCUAUCAGCAAUAUAGAUGGAUUGUAGAUAAUAUUGAAACAAGUCUUGGUUUGAGACCAAAGAAAAUUUUCUUAUCUGGUGACUCCGCUGGAGGGUUAAUCGGAACUGACCUAAUUGCGCUAGCUAUAUGUAAGAAGUUUAGGAUUCCAGAUGGUUUUAUUUCGAUCUACCCUGCCUUAUUACUAAAAUAUGAGGCUUUCACUCCUUCAAGAAUCAACCUUUUUGAUGAUAAAAUGAUGAACCAAUUGGUAAAAGAAGCUUGUUAUAAUGCCUAUUGCAAAGAUAUUGAUCCAGACCAAAAUCCUUUCCUCUGCCCAAUGUUUUUACCAGAUCAAAUUCUUCAGAGAUUCCCACCAACCAGGAUAAGCCUAGCUGGGCUUGACCCAAUCCAUGAUGAUGGAUACAAGUUUGCAUACCGUCUUUCUAACUUAGGAAAGGACGUAAUCUGAGUUGAUAACAAGUUGCUUCCUCACGGGUUUUUGAACUUUGGCCUUGUACCUCUGAUAGGAAGUGAGUGUAACAGGGCUAUCGACAACAUUUCUUCAAUGAUUUCUGAACUCAUAAAUUCGUAA